AUGGCCAAUAAACGCGCAGGUAGGUGACGUUUAACACACUAGUGCAGGAUUUAUUUGCGCUUGUAUAUUGAAUAACAAAGAAAAUAUCUUAAAUAAAAUGCCUCACAGGUUCGACAAACUGUAUAAUGCUUUGCGGCAUUAUUUAGACUAAAAUGACACUGGAUUUACGGCAUACUGCAUCCUAUUUCCCCUGGGAAGUACCGCUUAAAUAAGAGAGUAGGCGUCUUCUCCCUAAUACGUACGACUAUGCUAAAACCCAGAGAAGUUGCCUAUUCCCACGCCGUGACGCUAACCCUAACCCAAACUUGAAACGGAACCCUAAUCCGACCUUUAAUCCUAAACCCAACGUUAUCCCUUACGUUAAUUUCCUUGCUAUUUAGUAUAGACUGACUCGUAUUAUGAGGGCGUUCUUGUUUGCGUGAUCAACCGCAAAAGGUUGUAGCAAAUACUCUACUGAAAUGCGCUCUCGCCAUCAACUUACUCCAUUUAAGAACAUGUGCAUAUUGUUUCUCAUUCACCUUAUUUCUCCCUGAUACAACAUACCGGAUCAUCCGAAUCAUCCAUCGAAUCAAACGAAACCAGGAAUAACCAAAUUACCGAAGUCCUGCAGUUUUGUUAGAAAUCCAGCAAAGAGAUUGUGAGCAAUUUCUGGCUUUACAAAGGACAAGGCUUGCACACUUAUGGCUACAAUGUUUGGAAAUCACACACAGAACCUCUUGGCUGGGAUGCGAUUGAUCUCUACACCGUCACCGAGUGAGAUCAAAAAAUUGCCACAAUUAUGCCUUUCUGGACCUUUACUUCGGAAAGAAGAAGAAGGCAAUGGUCAAAUGGCUGUUCUUGGGUCAAAAGUGAGGCCUUAAAUGCUCCUAAUUUUUAGUAAUUUUUAAUACUUCUUCAUCUCUAAUAAUUAUUGGGUGGGUAACUUGACCCAAAUGUGAGUAAACUUACGUCGUCCGGCGGGGCCUUGUAACUCAGGUGGUUAGAGCAUUGGCUUUACUAAAGCCUCCUCCUUUCUGUCGGGGGUUCAAAUCCCACCGAGGCGCCGAGUUUUUCGCAUUUGGCUCAAUAUGAAGUAUUCAAAAUCUGCCAAAACAUCUCUAAAAAGCUAUUUUGUUCUACGUUGUUUUUGCAAAUUGCUGCCAACUAGCGAAUAUCUAGAAGACGGUUACAGAAUUACUUAUAAAAGAUCUUAAAAGUCCAAUCCCAGUAUAUUGUGAUGCGUACUUUUACCGACCAUGUUUGGCGAAAUAGUUAUCGGUAGCGAGGGGAAUGAUGGAUCAAGUUUAUGACCUUCCCAAUGCCACUGGUUUAGUCAGUGUACACCUGAGACUUCGCGAAAAGUUGGUACUCCGAUAAUGGACUGAGUCAUACCACACGGAUGUACGACGGGACGGCAUGUACAGCUCGUUCUGCCUUGGUACAGAAUGAUAAGCUACCACCGUGUAUCUCUUGUGGUCAAACACACUCGUUGGGUAUCUCCCGUGGCGACGUGGGAUUACGUGUGUCUGUUGAGUUCGGUGAUGUAAGGAUAUGGUGCUUACUGCCGAUUUUUUUAUGUAUUCGCGUCCUAUCGAAUAAGGUGAAGGUUGGGCAGGAAAUACGUUCCCGACGGGUGAAGAUAUGAGUUCAGGGAAUUGGUUUUCCGCUCACGGUGAGGAAAACUGGCAUUUGACCGACUAGGCCAUUGCGAAUCGGCGUCUGCAGAAGCAGUGUGAACUACGUGAAAUCACAUAUACAUUAGUUUGAGUGAUUACUACAAGCAUGUGGGCUCACACAUCCUUUCCUUUUUGUAGGCUAUGUCUGCAUUUUCCGUGAUGAUAGUGAUGACGAUGAUUUCGAGAAUGACUGGGGUCGUCAUGACAACAAUCGCGGUCAUAGUGUGUAUGGUGAUAGCGGUGCUAGGAGCCGCAUUUGCGGUGGAGGUGAGCGCUGUCCUCCUUUGUUUCCUCUACGAUUAAAACGAUAAUAUUUUGCCACUACGAGCCAGGACUGACAUGUCACUCUGCAAUGAUGAGAAAUGGAUUGGUGAUUUUUGCAACUUUGCAGAUGAUUUUGUCUUUACGCGCCAUGGGAGUUGGACUGAGUGGAUUUGUCGCAAAAAUGAAUCCGGAAGUUUAUGACAGCUCCCAUCCUUGAGCCAACUGUCAGUUUGUGCUGUAGUUAUGUAAGCAGUACAUGGGUAUUUGCACCGUUUAUCUGUUGAAUUCCAGAUUAAUACACUUCCCAUUCCGGUUUUGCGCCGGAUAUUUACUGACUAUCGGAAAAAUGUCGCUCCAAGCUGCUGCGUAGUGAUAAAAUCAAAAUUCACUCAGAUUUUUUGAUGAGAAAAUAGUCGUUGGGCUAAGUUGAAUCGAGCGCACUUUUUCUUCUUUUUCCUAUAAACCAAAAGAUUGUCCUGUCAGACGUGGUUAUAUAGAUUUCCCUGAAGUAAACAAACCCCAGCUACCUAUAAAACGGGACCGGUGGUGAUAGGGGUUUUUACAGGUGGGGCCGGAGAACGCACAGGCGACGAGAUAAAAUGGUUAUAUGAAAAAAACAUAUCUGGGAUGCACGGUUGUACUUUGGGCGGUUGAGAAAUAGUUACCCUAACCCCUAACCACAACAUAACUACAUCUUACGGACUGCCCAAGUAAAAAUCGACUGCAGAUAUGGUCUGAUGUAGUGACUGCCGCGAAUCAGUCACCAUCUAACUUUAUCAUGAACUAGAUUAGCAUCUCACAGAAGUGAGACGUACCAUAGAAGUUACAAUAAUUGGACGUAUUGCAGAUUGACAAUAAACUCCCAGUCGUAAAGGUUCCAAGCCACGACUGAGAGCGUGUUGUCACAGUUUUAAGUGCGUCAGAUCUAUUUCAGCGAGGUGUGCACAUGUGGUCUAACACGUGCCAUCAUCCCAUCGUGUAGUUGCUUCUCAUUUGCAUGGACCACUGCGGGCGUCCAACUUUCAUCACUAUCCCCCGGAAUCCAAAUCCGCUCACUGUGCCCAAAGCCUUCGUCAGGUGUAUAGUCUGAUCUUCACUCGAAUCUUCUUUCAUAGUUGUCGAACGGUGAAACUUAUGCCGAUGGUUACGCACUAUCGGCCGAAUUCGCACUGAUCUUCGUGGAGAAGUUCCUGAUACAGGUGUGGGUUCAGAAGAUUAGGCGGGAUCCAGGGAAACGCCCUGCUGUUAUCAAAGUAUUGCUGGUUCCCGCUGCAUUUGUGCGAUUAACCGGUGAUGGCCUCCAUAAAGUGUCUCUACAACCAUAUUUCCUCAACCAGGUAAUUAACUUUGUUAUUGAACUGAAGGCGUCAUAUUUGUGAAUGUCAGUUGGAAUUGAGUUAGGGUCAUGCGCCCUACCGAUCAACAGUUGUUGCACCGCUCCAGUUGAUUCUUUAAGGGAAGGUGGCCGAUCGAUAUCGUUAUCGGUAUUCGCUAGUGGGAGUCGAUUGAUUCAUCGGAUUAACCGUAGUGACGCGAUCCAGUGCGCUGUCCUUAGGUUGGUUCCGACCCAGCUGAGAAGGGGUGAACUGCUCUUGUCUUGGGGUCGAAGACUCCUUUGACGGCCGAGAUGAAAUUCUUCAUUUAAUCACGGUUGGUAUCUCCAUUGAUUUUUGCCGCAUUUCCUGUUAUCCAGCCGUUUUGUUUUUCCCUCAUCCCUGCUGCAUUGGGUUUUAAGCAUGGGGAGUAUGCCGCUUUGAUCGGGUUACUGUUGUUGAUUAGUGCCUCUCAAACGGGCCGCGUGGUAGAUGCGCUGGACCAACAUGGGGGCCAUAUCAGAUUCCGGUAGGCGUUAUCGGAAUGCGCACCAUAACAAAUGCCAACAUUACGGGGUGCGGCGGCAGACCUACUUGCCGGCGUACGUCGGACACAUUAGAAUCCCAAUAGCCCCCCUCUCUCACUUUUGUUCUUGGUUAACAUCCCGGUCAUUUGCUCCGUGGACCAGUGGAUGUGGAAUGGAGCGCCACUGUGCGGGCUCAACCGUGCCACCCACUUGCGCCCUCCCCCGCCUCCGGUCGCCUUGUCUCUGUCUUGACCCGGGGCCCAGGUGGCGGAGGAGGAGAGAGUGCGGUAGAUUCCGUGCAAGUCCACUACUAUUGUAAACUAGAUCACGCACAGGUCACUACGUUUGCUUCGCCUUGCCGUGGAGCACACGGUUCACAUCGUCGGAAACGACGGUCGAAUUGUCGUGUAGCAUGCAGUUUUCGUUCAGGGUCUUACGGAUUGUAAGCCUCUGCUGUGCCAUAGUCGGCAAACCAUGGCAUUCGCAGCCUGGUGUGCGCUGGCAGUUCUCUGACACCUGGUUCCCUGCCGGUAAAUGCGCUUACGCUCCCGCUGGGUAUACAGGCCGUGUGCAUAGCUGCCCGGUCAUCCACGUUUAUGUUGUUGUCGGUGGUCAAAAUCCCGGGCAAGUGUUUGUUGUGAAACAGAGGGGGAUGGUGAUACGCCUACAGUAGGUAGGCUAACACAUGAAAUGUCUACUGAAAUUCCGAAAUGUGUUUUCGUUUCAAAUAGAUUAAUUAAGUAAGACUAAUCGACUCAUAGCCGAGGCGGUCCUUCAACGGCUGGAGUCGCUGGUUUUCCGACACCACAGACCGAAAUUCUGGGCUCGGUAUGUGGAUGACACCUUCGUCGUCAUCGAACGGGAUCAGGUGCUGACUUUCAAAGAACAAGUCAACGCCGUCUUCCCGGACAUUCAAUUUACGAUGGAGGAGGAGGAAAACAAUCAGCUGCCUUCCUGGAUGUCCUCGUCUGCCGCAAAGAUUGUGGUGGCCUAAAAACCAAAGUGUUCAGGAAAGCGACAAAUACGACGCAAAUACUGAACUUCAAUAGCAACCACCCGAUCAGUCACAAACGCAGUUGCGUAAGGGCGCUAUACCGGCGUGUUGAGACGCACUGCAGUGAAAUGGAAGACAAGGUUGCUGAAUUACAAUAUCUUCGACGGGUAAUGAGAGCCAAUGGCUACCCGCGCAACUUUGUCAACCAGUGCAUACGAAAAGGACACCAGAGACCAAAUCCAACUAGCCCCAAAUUUUGGCGGGCUCUUCCGUACGUGAAGAACGUCUCGGAAGCCGUCAGUCGUCUUCUCACUCCACUUGGAGUUGGGGUUGCACACAGGCCGGAAGCAACCAUUGGACGCCAAGUAAUGAGGCCAAAAAGACCCGCUGCCACGGCAGGAAACGUCUGGAGUCGUUUACCGGAUCUGGUGUAGUUGCGGACAAAGCAAUUAUGUCGGAGAACCUGGGAGAUUACUCCGUACGCGACUUGCCGAGCACGCAUCAGCAGUGAGGCGGGGAGACGCUAACUCUCAGGUGGCGGCACACUCGACGGGACCCGGCCAUAAUUUCAAAUUUCAAGAGGCCGAAAUCCUCGCAAGGGGUGACAACCGCGUGAGCCGCGAGCUGCUCGAGUCAUGGUUCUCAGGCCCGCAAUCCAUCAACAAACACAAUGACCUCCCGGUGGCCUAUUCCGUAUUGCGAUUUUCCCUGGGCAGGAGAAUCAGUCACGUGGGGAGGGCGCGGGUGAGCAAUUAUCACGGUGACAGUGAGCCAGUUUGCCGAGCAAUCGUCACACCAGCAUCGAGCACGGAUGACGAAAUCGCGGCAAUUAACAACUCGGACUCGGACCGCCAAGCCACCGCUGCAUCAAUUACGACCCCAGCGGCGAUUGUGAGAACUUUUAAUUGCAGUGCGCAUACGGUCCCACGGCAGCCACGUGCUAUAAAUACUGCACUCCUGGUGCCACCUUCACCUCUAUCUGCGAAUGUCUCUGAGGAUGGGUUCGAGUGAGAACCCGAAACGUCAGGCCAAUAAACUUCUUGUCCCAGUGAUCGCAUCUUCAUAUUCUGAACUGCUACCUGGGACUCGCCUGUUCGCUUCUAUCAGCAGAAUGAAUAUUUUUAUGCAUGCUUUCCAUGAAGUAUAAUUGGACUUUCAGGAGCAUCGAAAAUCAACGAGAAGAAUGCAUGCUACUUAAAUAGGCAUUUUGUACAGAGUAUGGUCUUUGCAUGCAGCCGGAAGGAAGCUCAUUCGAAAGCCGUCAUCCUGAGGUAACUGAAAUAUUAUAGAAUUAUGUUGCAGGCUGAGUAGUUCUACAACCCUACUUAAUUAAUCCUUUCGAAACAAGGACUCAUUUCGGAAUUUCAGUAGACAUUUCAUGAGUUAGCCCAUCUACUGUAGGUGAGGGUCCGGUCGUGCCAACCACCUACGUCCUCUCCCGCUUCCGGUCUUCUUGACUACGUCAUGACACCGGGUCCAGGUGGGGAGGAGAGAAUGCAGCAGAUGCCGCGCAAGUCUACUAACACUAAAAACUAACUCACGUCCAAGUCACGGCGCCUGCCUCACUUUGCUGUGAAGCACACGGUGGACAUCGCCGGGCACGACGGUGUAGUUGGCGUUGUCCAGACAGCGAACUGCAGACUCCUUGCUAUUAGUCCAGGAGCUUUCUGUGCACAUGACUGAGAGCUCCUAUGGCGGUGCUCUAAAUCGCAUCGCACUGUUCGCAUCAUUGGGUCUCAAAAAGAUCAUUUGCCUUUCAGAGGUUACAUUUCUUUCAUGUUGAGCAGCAGUUGCUGAUGCUGCGGUCUCAUCUUCGACACCUCUGAAGAGUCGGACAAAAAACCUGCCGACAGACCAGGAAACGGACUCAGCUUGACGAUUAACCACCAAAUGAGUGAGUCAGUACUUGACACUAGGCUCUUUGCAGCAGCAAACGCGUUAUGGAGGUCUCGUUUGUGUCAGAAGCCACUGAGCAAAGGCUGAGAUGGUAAUACUUGUUGUGUGUCGGAUAAACAUCAGACGCAGUGUCGGAAGGAAAGUCGGAAAAAGACGGAAAGACGCACAUGCGAGAAGGGGAAGAGAGCGCAAAGCACCGAAAUGAAUUAUUAAUGGGCGCAAUUCAACGAAUGUUAAACACAAGAUAGAAAGAGUCGGCAGAGCUCUUAGGGACGAGGAGGACUCAGUCGUGACGUCAAGCCAGAGGGCACAACAUCCUGUCCUCGCUGCCACACGGACUGGAUUUAAAGAGCAGCGGAAGAAGUCAGAAGCACUUGAAAAUGGCCUGUUAGUUGGAUGAUCAGAAAGCCAAAAACAGGAUCACUUCACCCAACUUUCUCAUCGUCCGGUAUAGCAGCAAAGUAUUGUAAACUCUGCUUACCUGCAGCAACUCGAAGGACAGCUGUUUGCGGUUGUUCAUCUAAACUUAUUUUUUCCUAAGACGCCGUCCGUACUAUGCGCUAUAUGAGACCAGUUGUGGUUAUUACCGUUUAUCAGCUAUUGGUCAAAUGUCCAUUGUCCAAAACCACAGCACUUCCUGAAACCUCGGACUGACGGCUAAUACGGAGAGCUUUUCAAUAAAGGACCUCAGUCUGAAUUUACAACCAAAAACGUUAUUUCCAUAAUUUAUCACAAGAAAGAAUUUCUUGUCUCUUAGGAAUCUUUCAUUUACGAGAGAACCACGUGCCUUUUGUACCUCAUCUUACAAAGUUAAACUUUUUUCUUCGAUUGCUAAACCUGAGCAGGCUUACCAGAGUUGUUUUUGAAAAGCGACCUAGGAUUACCAUCGUGAAAUUAUUGUUGUUAUUUAAAAUUUUGUGCUGGAAUGCCGAUUAAAUCUAACUAAUGUAAUUAUUGAGUAUGAUUCUGGAUUAUGACCAAAGUCGACUGCCACAUUAGCGUGAAUCGCGUCUGCACAGACACAAAAAUUCAAGGUAGACUACAUGAAAUCGAUUAUUUGUGGCCCAAAGGCACGCCCGACUUGCAGGAAAUGCAUUUACUUCGGAUAGUUUUACACCACAACCAAGGUCGUCACCUGGCCGACAAACACCUUUACAUCAGGUGAUACGAAAUGCUAUGGUUGGAUCUGACCGUAAAAUCUGUCUUUCACAACAAGCCCUGCUUAAUUACCUAUCAAAAGAAGGCACUGGUUUUCUACAACGUUGCUUGAAUUCUGACUAAGACCAACGGCAAAUAGACUUCAGUUGUGACUACACCAGCUGUCCCGACUGUCUGGGCUGGCAUUAAUUCUUUUUAGCUCAUAAGUGAACAUUUGCAUAAACCGGGGGAAUUAAUGCGCACUCAUAAUGAAGCGGAAGGUCUUCCGGUUUUGGCGGAGCAGGUCGAUCGGCCAGUCUACUCGGGUCAGGCUAAUAUCGUACAGCGGAUAUCCUGCGGUCAACUUUACCAAUCCUCUCCGGAUAGUGCUUUACUCUUGCAUCCGCUCUGCAGGCACGCUUUCAGGAGUUGAAAGCUGCGCUCAAUUAGGUUAGAGCGGAUUGUAAAUAUUCUAUCGCGUACUGUCGCUGCCACUAAACAGACCUUUUGCUGGAAAUAGGUUUCGUGGUCAUGCGUCCAACGGUUGUCUGACGGGUUGUGCGUUAAGCGGAUUUUCAGUGUUAAUCUUUCAAAACUGUCGUAAGCUUCUUCUACUCAAAGGGAAUCACAAGUUGAAGUUGAUGAUCUUGAAAUGAUAAACGUCCCAAGGAACGGAUACGGUCUGCGAAGCAGGCUUAUUUGAAGGUUGUGACUGGGUCGUAAUUAACAGUAACCGUAGAAGUAAAAUAGGCGAGUUUUAGGAGACAAUUGGGACAAAGGAGAUGCAAUCGUCAGAACAAUGAUUUUAUUUGACUGACGUUUAGGGCUCCCACUCUAACCCGUCGCUAUGUGUUUAUGACACAAAGGCAGUUUGAUUUAUAUGUAAAACUGCAGAAAUUGCAACUUAUAAAUCAAUGUAAUCUCAGAAUCCUCAACUGAAUACAUUGUUUUUGAGUUGAAAAACGCGGUAGCAGCUUGCCACAGUUAAAAUGAGGAAAACACUAAUGGGACAUUUUCGUAAACGGUAUUGGAUAGACAACCUGAAAUGUUUACUUUAGCUUAUAAUUUCUCAGUGAAACUUCCCUUAGUCCCCAUUAAUAAACAUUAAUCUGACACUUAAAUGCGCAUAUAUGUUUAGAGUAACAUAUAAGACACUGUGGUUAGCAUGACUGCGCCAAAUGUGAAAUCAAAUGUAGACCAGAAUGUUACAAAUAAGGACUUCCUGAGGGAUAAUCCCCUAUGAGCCACCUUUUGCUCCGAGUUACCUCUUUCCGUUCAAUGCAGUCUAAAAGAUUUCAGUCGUUCAUCCUCCGCAAAAAAGUGACUUGGAUGAAGGGCUGCAAUUAAAAAUGAAAAAGGAAGCAGACAGCCAAUUUGCAUGCUUGAAUGCCCUUAGUUACAGACAAACGGACGGAUCCAUCAGAAAGUCAGUAUCUAAUAGAAAUUUCUGGAGCGGCAAAGAUCUUAAUUGAAUGGGAUUGAAAAAUAGCGGACUGGCCAGUUUCGAAGCCCUAAUGAAGUAGUCGGUGCUGUGGUCCAGCUGUUAGCCCUCGGUCAUACGAAAAUCGUGCCUACGUGACAGAUUAUGGACACCCACCCGGCGCAGGAUUAUGAAUCCACUCAUACGUUUGAAUGCGCGUACCUCGGGCAAACACAGAGGCGACAAGUCAUAAAAUGCGUUGACGCAUGCCUCGAGGGUUUUUUACAUUUAAGCAGUCUCUCUAUGGGACAAGUGUAUGGUACGUAACCUCCUGGGAAAACCGUAGUUAGCCAUGGCCAUGGCUGUAAUAGGUAACCCUAGCCCUUAACCCGUAAGCAUUUAAGGAAAACUUGAGCGUAACCGCAACCUUAACUCUUGGCUUUAAAUCCCUAACCCAAGCCCAAAUACCAGGCCCUAAGCCCUAGCUCAUAGCCCAAGCCUGACAACCUCAGCCCUAGGAAUAACCCAACUACUUAUACUAGCCCCAACUCCAACCGUAUCCCUACCCCCAAUCUUGAGCUCGAUCCGGACAAUUUUUACGUCGCCAACGCUAAUGAAGAUCAAAAUCCCCGUGCCAUAUGACCUCUUCGCCGACCUCUUGCUAGGCGAACCGUCAUAAAUCACAUAAUAGCACUACCGACAAAGACAGGGGGACUGAAAUGUCCAUUUCUGGUUUGCUAGCCGGCGUCAAUCAGUCACACCUAAUCCCGAGGUGUGCAAAACCUGGGACUCGAUCCCGCGACCUGAAGUUCAACGCCCUAACCACUGAGCCACGGACUCGUUGUCCUGUCAGUUACGAUCGAGUAUAUUAACAAUGACAGGGAAGCGCUUAUCGAUCGUGCCAGGGGACUCACUCGUCCCGUUUUGCUUUGGCUCCACACCACACCUACCUAGAUAUGAUAAGCUGAAUGUUAAAAAAUCACCCAAAAGGCUACAUACUCUAUCCUUAACCCUUUUAAUAUCACCAAAUAUCUGGAGGGCGUGAGCAAAAACCGUGUAAAAUAGGUUUCCCAGUUACUUAGGACAGCUCGAAUUGCCUGAAACUGCGUCAUUUAAAAGGUAGCAUACGCCGGGAAGAGGGAUCCAAACUUUUGCAGUUAACUAAAUCAUGUCGUCAACAUCAUUUUACCGUAGUAAAUUGAAACUCAACUACUCUUUUUUAUUUUUUACUUUUUUAUAUCACUCCCAAUUUUUCCUCAAAACAUAACGUGAUCUCUAAGAUAUAUUCUCCGCCUUGCGCUUAUUCAUGUAAUUUCGAAAUUACUUCCCACCCCCGCGAGCUGUUCACACUACCCAGUGACAGAUGGCAGCUGAAGGUCUGUCUCCAAGUGCGCUGACGUCAGAAUAUCCAUAUGCGAAUUGACGACUUCUAUAAUUUGCUUGAAGUUCUAUGAUUUAAAAAACCGGUAGAUACGAAUUCGUUUAAAAAGGACGCUCUCCUUUCAUCAAAGCGUAUCAUAAUAAACUUUCGGGGCCUGUUUACAAACUUCUACUCGUUCCAUAUGCUUCUUACUGCCUCCUUUCUCUGGAAAUUCCGCAGGAACUUCGUUGGUACGUUCUUCUUUCAGUCACAUCAAAGCUACUAUAAACUAUUAUGUUUUCCGUCAAUAAAAGAUUGACUUGAGCUGAUGCUGAGAUGUUUAUAUUUUUGCAGUCAUUUCUUGAAAGGCGUGUUCAUAUUCCUUUUUUAUUCGACAUAACAAAGCGCUCUUGCACUUGCAUGUAUUCAUACCCCUUACGCAACGAGCCCGUCCAUUCUCGUCAACGGUGGGGGUGUUUCGAGCGCUGAGAUAUACAAUUAAAUCUCACGCGAUUAGUGGCUCCACGUUUUGUGUGUCUCGGCGGUGACCUGAUGACGACCGGGCUUAUUUCAAUUUUCGAUGUCUAGUCUAGAUGGCUAGUACUUUCUUGGUACUGCUGUAAAGGAUAGGUUGUCAGAAGCCUGUAGAGGCGUGACGACACUCCGAACAAAUUAGAGGGCAAGGGGUGGCGGGGUUGGUGCACGUGAUAUUUAUAGCGCUGUUCUUGUUAACAGACAGAUAUCUAAAGUUUCCCAGUCUUUGUGAAGAACGAGUCUUUGUAUUGAGAGAGGGCCGGAAUCAACUCAUCGUGGGCAUCGGUGUUUUUAGGCGUCACUUCUGCCUUGAUACAGCGAUGGCUACUGGAGCGAUUAACAGUACUCUCCGGGGGCCGGAACGUGUGAGUACAACGCGGACAGGUGAAAGGGCCUCAGCAACCAUGUCGUCACAUUUCUAAGUUGCCUCCAACGCUGUUGUUGCUCGUGCUGAUGAUGAUGGUGGUGAUGAUGAUGAUGAUGAUGAUGGUGGUGGUGGUGGUGGUGAUGGUGGUGGUGGUGGUGGUGGUGGUGGUGGUGGUGGUGGUGGUGGUGGCAUAGUUGUGAUUGCUAUGAAUAAUAACAUAUUCAGAAAGGUCAGCUAG